AUGAUAAUGGCAUUUGAUGAAGUUGUUACAGUUAUCCUUGUUGUCUUAUCUAUCCUACUAUACGGAACGUGCUCAACUGCUAGUCUCAUUUCCUUUGGAACAAGCGGAGCUUCUACUUACGACCAGAGCGACAGAAAAGACAGCACCGUCUCGCGCGAAACUUUUGCCUCUUUAGAAGAGCUCUCGCGCAUUGUUGACGUCUCGUACUGUGUCGGCAGUACAGGAGUACAGAAACCGUUCCGUUGCUUGAGUCGGUGUAAUGAAUUUCCGGGCUUUGAAUUGAUCACCACGUGGAGCACCGGCCCCCUCCUCUCGGACUCGUGUGGCUAUAUCGCGCUGUCCCAUUUCCCACAUGCGAAGCGCAUAAUUAUUGCUUUCCGUGGCACCUAUUCAAUCACAGACACUAUAAUCGACCUUUCAGCCUACCCGCAGGCGUACGUACCAUAUGACCCUAAUGGUCGGGACGACCAGGAGUUGUUAAGAUGUCGUAAUUGCACAGUUCACGCGGGAUUCCUGGCCUCGUGGCUGAACACUCGCCCGAUCAUCCUCAAACAUGUUUCGGCAGCAAGGAAACAGUAUCGUGACUAUAAAGUGGUGCUCGUCGGUCACUCGCUUGGUGGGGCAGUUGCAGCGCUGGCUGGGCUUGAGAUGCAAAUGCGAGGCUGGGAGCCGCAGGUGACGACAUUUGGAGAGCCUAAGAUCGGAAACAAGGAGUUUGUCACGUUUCUUAACGAAGCGUUCAAGCUCGGUACGGUGUCACCAUCAGAUGAUGCUCAGCAAUGGAAAUUCCGGAGGGUAACUCAUGUAAAUGACCCUGUGCCUCUCCUGCCACUAGAAGAAUGGGGAUAUGAGAUGCAUGCAGGAGAAAUUUUCAUUUCAAAGGCUGUUCUCCCGCCCUCCGAGUCCGACGUGAUAAUUUGCGAUGGUGACAAAGACGCACGCUGCAUCACUGGCGAACAAAAUAACAUGAGAGCCAUGUUUCACGAGAUCAAGUUGAAUGCGGCGAAGCACGAGUGGCUUUAUAGCGUGGCGGACCUCACAGAUCAGGUGGUUUUGGCUGAGAGUGACACAUCUCCAUCGGCAAUGGGCUUUCCAAGCGGCGCUGAAAGGCAACAGAUAUCGCUUCGCCUGCCGUGGAAUCUUAUUCCUUCUAGAUACCGACUCUGGGAGCUAUUCUUUGCUCACCGAGACUACUUCUGGCGGAUAGGUCUCUGCGUUCCUGGCGGGGAUCCAACGGGCAAGGAAAAGAAUUAUCAAUCCUAG